AUGGUGCCGAUCAAGUCCCUCUCUGCCAGCAGCGCCUCAAUGCUGCUCCUGGCCAGCGCAAGCCUGCAGCUGCAAAACUGCGCUGUAGAAUCUGCGCCAUAUUCAGUAGCAUUUGGUACUCCUUUACCCUUAAGUUCAGGUGGUGUUUUGCCUAUGAAUAGAGGGGUUUGUUGGAUCGUAUGAUUUUGGGCAGGCAUGGAAGGUGCUUGCUUGGACGAGAUCAACAACGCCCGCUUGGCAGCUGGACUAAAUGGCUUUACACAGGCAGCCGAAAGCGACUUACAAAGUCGCCUGCCAGAUAAUACAUAUAUUGACACCUGGGAGCCUGUAUGCGAAGCUUUGCUUCGAACUGGCACAAAAACAGUUCACUCUGCACGUACAAGCAUUUCAAGGUUCAAAGAAGGCUCAUAUGCAUUUGCGUUUCAAAGUUCCCCCGACCCCGAUUGCAGUGUCAUUGUGAAGAAGUGGAAGUCUGCACACUCUAACUUCAGUGGCCGCCCCCCGACGAGGAGCGCUAACCCUGAGCUAUACAAGAAGCAAGCCAAUGUUUCGUUUGUGGCCUUGUAUAAUCCUGCACCCGAUGCCACUGCAGACUGCCGAACCGUCAUCUGCACUGAAACUAACCCGCUGAGCAGUGCGGUGCCGCUAGAGGGACAACCACUUGUCCGCGUAUUUUCUACAGAGGAAGACGAAGAACAAGAAGAAGUAGUGCCUGAAGAAAAAGAUGCAGGGGAAAUUACUGAAAGGAAGGGCUACGCGCUGCUGUGCAUGACGACGCCUGAUGCAUUGGCCAAUGACGAUGCUCCCCCAUUUACGGAGUCUAAAUGGAGCAAGAUCACUACGUCCAUCUUGAAUUCCUCAUCGGUCACACUUCCGAGUCUUCUGGUUCUUGCCACGGCAGCGAUUGACUUUGCUUUAGUUGUGCCUGUGUGGCACACCAAGGUAUCUGCGUUUCCGCACUUCAAAGGGUCUCCAGACGUCGACGACAUGUGCCCAUUCGAGGAUGGUGGUGGAAAGGAACACACUAGCGGGACGGCGCGAGAAGGGGAGAAGGUGCAGUCCAUCCCUGGAAACUGGCACAAAGCGGGGGCCGCAACUUAG